AAGUCUUACUUUUGGCUGACUUGGCUCCUGCAAUAAAUGCAGCCUUAUCCCUCAAAUUUUGGAGCUGGAAGAUUUGUUGCAACUAAGAAGAAAGUUUUACUUGGUAAACUCCACACACGAGUCUGGAUGCACUUUCCACUUGGUCCCACUGAUCACUUUUCAAAAGUGAGAGAUGCAACAUUUUUGCAGAAGAUGCUGAUGUGCAUGGGGUGAGCCACUGAUAACAGGUAUUAGUCUGGAAGAGAGAGGAAGGGUCACACAGAGCAGAGACUUUGCCUACUGUACUGGAUUACUCUUGUGUGCUUUCACUGUUAAAAUUAGGGUCUGUGUGCUUUGGUUUAAAUGUUCAACUUGUGAGCGCCCUGCCUUCUCAGCGCGCUCUCACCAGCCAGAGUCGGUGCGCCCCACUGACCCACAGUCGUCUCCUCUCAGUCGGAUCAUGUGGAUUAUUGUGGCGUUGUUUCUGGCAGCGGCCGGUCCUGAUGGGAGCUGGGGAUGUCAACUGCCCCACGACUGGAGACCUCAGACAGAAGCAUGCCGAGCCGAGCUGGCGGAGAUUAUAGUCUUUGCCAAGGUGUUGGCACUGCACGAGGAGUCUUACAGCAUGUACAGGUUUAAUGACCUGCCGAGAGAGCACGAGUCCAACAUGUUCUUCUCCGCUGAGAUUGAGCUGCUGUGUGACCAGGCAUGGGGCAGCAUGCUGGAGGUGCCCGCUGGCUCCAGGUUUAAUGUCACCGGACUGGGAUACUUCCACUGCUUCUCGUACUCUGUCACCAAAAACAACAACUACUACUUCUUUCUAAGGAUGGAUGAGAACUACAACAUAGUUCCUCAUGGAGUGAACUUCCAGGACCCCAUCUUCCCUGACACUGCGGAGAUCCACCGCAUGUUUUCCAGCCUUUUCCAGUUUUCCAACUGUACGCCUGGUACUCAGGUCCACAGCUACUCUCCAGAGUGGGAGGCCCAAGAGGACAGCAGGCUGUUGUGCUCUUCAGUGCAGAAGGCUCUCUUUGAAGAGGAGGAGAGGGUCAGGACGCUCUCCCAGCAGGUGCGUUCCUUGGAGAAAGCCAAUGACCACCUGAAGGAAAAGGUGAGGACCAUGAAACGUCUGCUACGCCAGGCCCAACGAGAAACAACCAAGGAGCAGAGUUCCAUUGGCCUCAAACAGCUCUACGACUCAAAAACGCCACAAACUCACCAUGAUCAGGACACUACUCAGGACCAGAAGAAGCCGCCGCUUAAAAAAAUCCUCUCUAGGAAUCUAAAAAACUAGACCUUUAAUCUUAGCUUGUAUGUAAACCAAUGUUUUGGUCCAUGUGAGGUAUUGGCAUCAUAGAAAAAUGACAGGAUUGGAAAUUAAAUGGGGAAAGAGACAGAGAGCAGCACCAAUAAUUCAGAUUCAGUAUCAUCUUUGUCAAAGCAUGU